AUGACGCAAGUCAGCGGCGGCUGCUGCAGCGGGAAGUUCGCCUGACGACCGUAAACAUCAACUGAACAUCAUGUAAACAACGCUGUUGGUUUUAUAUCAGACACAAAUGGGCUUUAAUGUGUUCGGGAGUUUAAAUGAACUCAGGAAUAAAACCAAAUGCUUUUAGGGAUUAAUGAUGGCGUCUAAAGUGUGGCAGCAUCCUUAUGUAAACAUAUUUAAGCAUGUGAAAGUGGAAGAAUGGCGGAAGGCCAGCAAAGAAGGAGAUGUCACAUGCUAUAUGGACAAGACACUCAAGUGCACCGUGUUCCGAAUCCGUGGUUCAGUUCCAGCCAGCAACUACAUCCUGAUUCCCAAAACCAGCAGCCAGUCUCUGGGCCUCACCGGUCGCUACCUGUACCUACUCUUCAGACCCUGUCCCAAUAAACACUUUGUAGUGCACUUAGAUGUGGUGGCUGAGGAAGGUCAGGUGAUCCGUGUGUCAUUCUCCAACCUGUUCAAGGAGUUUAAAUCCACAGCGACAUGGCUGCAGUUCCCUUUCCUGUGUUCAGCUGCACCUGACUCUGUUUACGAGAGCACAGCCAAGACAGCUAAACGCAGUCUGGUGGGUCCAGCUCCAGUGAGUGUCCGCUGGACGUGCUUGAUGAUGGACCUUCAUGACGUGCUUUCUGUCUACCUCAGAAGAACACACAGCCACUUGAAGAGCAUCAAACUCUGUGCCAACAUGGCUGUCAAAAAUCUGGUCACCAGCGACCUGCUGCUGGAUCCAGGUCUGUCGUUUUCAGAGUUCCGGCAGGCGGGCAUGGUGCUGCCUGAGGGAACGGCUCCUAUGCCUAGAGACAUGUGCUUUCCUGUGCCAAAAGGCAGCAGUUGGCAUCAGCUCUACGACUACAUCAGAUUUCCCUCAGAUGGUGCAAAGAUGCCAUUUGACUCUAUACAGAAAGGACAGAGCACACAAGCCUUAAGUCCACAACCCCUACAUGACAAAAGUCCUUAUCGAGAGGAAAGUUACAGUGUGGGCAUCAGUAAUCCGGUGCAGGACCGUGUCUCCCUCGUCCAGCAGAUCACCACACCUAAACCUCGUGCUAAGCAGCGCCCACUGCUGGACACCUCCAGUCUGCCCGAGCUCACCAAGGCACCUUCCGUAGAUGUAGGCAGCCUCAGAUUUACAGGUCGUAGGUCACAGUGUGAAGAGGAGGAGGAGGAGAGCAGGGUCGUGUGUGAUGAUGGAGACAGUAUACAUGUAUACGCUCACUAUGAGGAUGAUGACAUAAGCACCCAUUCAGCAGACAGUGAGGAAGUGGCAAAGUUGCACCCUGACCCUAUACUGAAGAUGAGCAGAAUCAUUGGCUUUGGUGGAGCAACAGUGAGAUGUGCUUUGUGGGCUUGUUACGGAGAAGAUGUGGUGUAUCCGUGUCAUGCCAUCAUUGUCAGUAUGAAGGUCUCAUCUGGUCAACAGCGCUUUUUCAUCGGCCACACAGAUAAAGUGUCAGCUCUGGCUCUGAACUCCAGCUCUUCUCUCUUGGCAUCGGCUCAGACAGGAACACACUGCCUGGUUCGGCUCUGGAGCUAUAGCAAGGGAGAGACGCUAACCAUUAUAAGAACACACACACACUCACUGCACUCACUCAGUUUGUCCUGUAGCGGUGGGGCUCUGUGUGGAGUGGGCAAAGACAGCCAUAACAAAACUACAGUUGUGGUGUGGAACACUCAGCGCGUUCUCAAAGGAGGUGUUGUCUCAGUUGUGGCUAAAGCUCACACAGACGUCGACAUCCAGACCAUGAAGAUAACCUUUUUCGAUGACACACGCAUGGUAUCCUGUGGCGUGGGCAAUGUGCGUUUAUGGCGCGUUCGCGACCACUCUUUGCGCUCAUGCCCCGUUAACCUGGGUCAGUAUCACAGCCUGGAGUUUACAGACCUCGCCUUUGAGCAGGGACACGCUUCAGGACGACAGCCGGAGGACCGCACCCUCUUUGUUAGCAGUAGAACCGGCCACAUCCUAGAGAUUGACUAUGUCUCAGUGACUAUUCAGAAUAUCAGGAGGCUCCUCCCAUCUCAGCAAAGCCACACCCACUGCAGAGAGAAGCAGACCUUCGGUACAGGCCCAGGUAUUGCAGUGAACAGCAUUAGUGUGUGCAGCUCAUUCUGUGCUACAGGCUCAGAGGACGGCUUCCUGCGUCUCUGGCCUCUCGACUUCUCCUCAGUCUUCCUUGAGGCGGAACACGAAGGGCCAGUCAGUCUGGUGUGUGUAUCUUCUGACGGUUUGAGCGUCCUUGCGGCCACCAGCACAGGAAACGUCGGCUAUCUAGACGUCAGUAGCCGUGGUUACCGCACGCUCAUGAGGUCACACACAGACGCAGUGUUGGGCUUCAGCGUGGACAGAACCCGGCGCCAGAUCACCACGGCAUCUCGUGACAGCACCGUCCGUAUCUGGGACAUGGAUUCAGCUCAGCAGCUGUACGACUUUGUAUCGGAUGAUCAUAAUGACACCCCGUCCUCGGUGGCGUUCCAUCCCAGGAUGCCCAUCUUUGCUUGUGGCUCCAGCUCUGGCACCGUCCGAGUAUUUGACAUCCCUACAUCCAGCAUUUUAGCACAACACAGACAGCACCGGGGUGCAGUGGUGGGCCUGGUGUUUUCUCCAGAUGGUGAACGCCUGUACAGUGCUGGAUCUCUUGGAUACCUUGCCCUCUAUAACGCUUCCCAACCAGAAUAUACCAUCCACCGUGUGCUAGGUAACAUGGUUGUGCGAGGUGUGGACCGAGGCCCGGACGCUUUGGCUGUGAGUUCGGAUAGUAAACUGCUGGCAUUUGUCGGUCCCACAGAAUACACCGUGACCAUCACGGAUGCACAUUCACUCAAUGAGUUACUACGUGUGGAUGUGAGCGUGUUAGAUGUCGAGAGCACGACGCUGGAUUCAGCGUUAAAGGUGUGUUUCUCCCCGUCCUCAUUGUCCCACCUGCUCGUCACCACUUCAGCCAAUAAGAUCCUGUGGAUCAACAGAAACACAGGAAAGUUACUGAGAGAGGUAUCCGACGUGCACAAGGAUCAGUGCGCUUCUUUGUCUGUCAGCGAAGACGGACGCUAUCUACUCACUGCCGGACACAAUGCGGUAAAAGUCUGGGAUUAUAACAUGAAACUGGAUGUCAAGUCGCAGGUGUUCAUCGGUCACUCUGAGCCCAUUAAACAGGUGAACUUCACCCCUGACCAGAUGAGUGUGGUUUCAGUGGGUGAUGCCAUUUUUAUAUGGGACUUCCUGGCCCAUCCACAGAAAGUACCUUCCUGCAGGUCACCGGUAUCAGCCGUAUCCCCUCCUACAGCAGGGAAAGGCAAGAGCAUCUCUGCUUCUAAGACAGUGGCUGUGAAACCCAAUGAGGCGGAGUCUAACGGAAGCUUUUCCAGCGGGAUUCCUCGACAGGCGGCGCCUCUUCCUGUCUCACCUCCGCCCAUUUUAGACAUGAUCACCAUAGAGAAGAGGGGGCAUGAGGAUUCCUCUUUCCUGUCUAUCACCGGUUACGCUGAAGAGGUGCAACCUGGUCACAGCUGUUCCCCUGCUCCUAGACACGCCUCCUUCCUGCAGGUCACUGAAAGGGGCGGAGCUGGAAAUUCGGUCACUGCUCCAGCCAGUCAGAUCGCAGUGGAGGAAAACGGAGAGGAGAAGAACCCGAUUCGUCCAGACUGCUACAAACACUUUACGCCUCGUUACAAAACGUCUGCGCUUGACCCGGGUGCUGUAACUCCACCUCCAGGACAAGAAGGACUUAGCCUCAAAGCUGUGAUUGGUUACAACGGUAAUGGGCGGAGCAACAUGGUUUGGAAUCCAGAUACAGGUCUGUUUGUGUACUCCUGUGGGUGUGUGGUGGUGCUGGAGAACCUCCACAACGGUUCUCAGAGACACUGGCUCGGCCAUAGCGAGGAGAUCUCAACCCUCGCCGUAACGCACGACGCACAGACGGUGGCCUCUGCGUCAGGAGGUGGGGCGUCGUCCAAGAGCCUCAUCUGCAUUUGGAACGUUAAAGACGGAGCACGCAGAAAUAGCAUUUCGUUCCACAAGGGCUCGGUACAGAGUCUGGCUUUCUCCAGAGACGACCUCUACUUUCUGUCUAUAGGUGAUUUUGAGGAGUCGACAGUGGCACUGUGGAGCACGCACUCGUUUGAGCUGCUCUGUUCGAUCAGAGCGAGUGUCCCACUGCACGAGGCGGCGUUCUGCCCCGGCAGCGCCAGCCAACUGGCGUACGUCGGCUCCGGCUUCGUCUUUUUCUGCCACAUACACACCCACGGUCGUGGAACGGAGCUGCAGGUCCAGUCCAUGGGUUUGCCAGAGGAGAUCGGCGAGGCUGAGGUCACAUCACUUUGUUACAACAGCAACUUCAUCCUGUAUACUGGGACGAACAGUGGGCGUGUGUGUGUUUGGGACUGCAACACACACCGCUGCUUCAUGACCUGGGAGGCUGACGACGGUGAAAUCGGUGUGUUGUUGUGUCGUGGGAACAAACUGCUCACUGGAAGUAACAGUAAGAAGUUAAAACGUUGGUCAGUGGCUUCAGUGCAAAACCUCAGACCUUCCAGCACCAAGACAAGCAGCCAGACUUGCAACCCUAAGGUGCUCCUCGAGCAGGAGAUGGUGCUGGACGGCACAGUGGUGAGCGCAGCAUUCGACGAUGUCAUGGACAUGGGAAUUGUGGGUACAACUGCAGGAACGCUGUGGUACGUAAACUGGACAGACAACUCCAGUAUACGUUUAAUCAGUGGCCAUAAGAGCAAGGUAAACGGUGUGGUAUGUAGCCCAGACGAGCAUCACUUUGUGACGUGUGGGGCGGAUGGAAGCCUUAGAGUGUGGGCGUUGCCUAGCAACGAGCUGCUGGUCCAGUUUCAGGUGCUCAACCAGAGCUGCGAGUGUGUGUGUUGGAGCCCCACGGUCGGGCACGUGGCUGGAGGCUACAGCGAUGGUUCCGUGCGGAUCUUCAGCAUAGUUUCUGCCGAGAUGGAGUUCAAAUUGCAGCCUCCUCACCACGGCGCUGUGAGCGCACUGCAGUACUCACACCACGGUCAGGUGCUGCUUUCAGGAGGAAAAGACGGAGUCAUUGCAGUCAGCAGCCCAACAACAGGAGCCUCUUUACGCAUCAUCAAUGACCACAAGGGGGCACUCAUCAGUGCUAUACAGUGCACAAGCAAACAGUAUAAAGAGUACGGUCUGGAGGGCAACGAGCUCUGGCUAGCUGUUAGCACAGACCGCCGCGUCAGCAUCUGGGCAUCAGAUUGGGCAACGGACAAAUGCGAGCUGCUGGAUUGGCUGACGUUUCCUGCUCCCGCCCCUCCUCAGGAUGCGGCGAGUAUGCCACCCAGUCUGGCAUCGUUCAGCCCCACAGAGAGGGGAAUAGUGGUUUACACAGGAUACGCUGCUCAGAAAGAACUCACCUUCUACUGCCUGAAAAAGAAGCAGGUGGUGAGGACAGUGUCUCUUACUGACUGGGCUCUGUCUCUCAGUCCGUGUUUCAGAGGAAGACUGCUCGCUGUUGGAUCAAACCAACGUAUACUGAAGCUGAUUGAUUCCUCUAGCGGCCGUUUUCAGGACUUCACAUGGCACAGCGACUGCGUUCACCACUGCAGCUUUAGCCAGUCAGGAACACAGUUAUUCACUACAGCACAUGGAGAGGUCUUUUUGUGGAGUUUAAGAGGCCUGUGACACACAUGUGCAUACACACACACACACACACACAUGCACGCACAGAAAUAGUGUCUCAAAUAAGGUGCUCUAGACUUUAAAAGCUCAACACUAACAUACACAUUAGAGUCCUUAAAAACCAAACACACACACACACACACACACACACACUGUAGACAUAUUACCUGAGAUCACACCUGGAAUUUUGUUAUUAGUUUCAUAGUACAACAAAUCAAAUUCUUUUCCUCUCAGCAUGUGUUUGUUUAGUCACGUCUGCAGUUUUAUUGU